AUGCCCGACGACCCUGCCCAGCACCGCGAGGCGCUAACCACCCUCGGCAUCAAGGUCCGCGACUUCUUCCACGAAAGCAACCUUCCGCCAGUCCCCGUCGUCAAACGCUAUGCAGUCCAGACUCAGCCAGGGCCCCGCCACCCAGUUCCUCUACGACGCACUGGCGGCUAUGCUAACGGCAUAAAGCUCGAUCGUCCCGGUCUCGAGCGCGAGGAGAGUGAAGACGAGCUUCAUCCCGACGCCGUCCGCACUUGGUACAUCGACUCAAAUGGCACCGGCGCCACCCCUGCUGGUCGGUGGCGCAAGAAGGUUCCGCAGACUCUGAACUUGGAACGGACGCUCACCGAGCCCAUUGACGACAACGACGUCCCGGACGAACGGCCCCUGCACGAUCGGACCCUGCCCUACCCAAGCACCUUCCCUUCCGGGGACGGACACGCCUCUGCGCCGCAGCCGUACACCCUUCCACGACAGCGGCCCGUGCGAGGCUCUCCGCUCCUCGCUCUCAGUCCAAACGCUAUCCCUCCGUCGCAGCAGUCCCAACCCAGCCUCCAGCCCGACACCCAGGACACCGACAUGUGGGUGGACACGCCUCUCGUCACGCCCAACGGCUCGUUCCAGUGGCCGGAUGGCCAACAUCCCGAGCUGCCACUCUCUCAAAUCGACUCCGUCCUCCCACAACUGUGCAACCUCGACCGGCCGGGGUCCCAGGUCGCCACCCAAGGCCUCGGUUUUUCUCCCGAGCGCCCCCAGCAGCCAGCACCGCUCGCACGCCAGGCUUCGACGUACCCCGCCGCCGCCGGGCUGUCCUCGAUGCGCCUCCCCCAGCCGCUCCAGAUGCCGCCCAUGUCCGUCUUCGGUGGUCCGACCCCCACCUCGCCCUCCGUCUCACCUCCGCCGACGUCGCCAGAGAAAGGGUCUGAUCGCGGUUCAAGCAGUCCGUCGUCUGUCGGAAAACGCUCCCACGACGACGACGACUCGGACAUGACCCCCGUGGAGGCAGCGCCGCAGACGAGGUACCACUUCCGCUCCCGCGCACCACCCCCACCUCCUCUCCCGUCUUCUCAUGGCAAGUCCACACGCGCCUCGGCGCGAUCGUCGAGCCGCGGCCACCACACCGCGGGCAACGGCACCGCGCCGCAGAAGAAGAAGCAGAAGGUCGCCACGGCGGAGAAGCCCCCGUCUCCUUCGAAGCCCAGGAGCACGCGAGGCCGCCGCGCCAACGGGGAGUAA